GGCAGCGUGUCAAAUUCACGGCUGGAGUGGAAGAUAUUUACAAUGUUUAUCAGAACGACAACAACUAUUGUCACAAAAAAAAGGAAUUCCCAACAAUUUUGUCACGACAUGCAAGACAAAAUGUGAAUAAAAACCAUCCAAUUUAUCGAAUUUAUUACUAAAAUUACAUUUUUCUAAUAAAAUGGAUGAGGUUCUUGAUGAAGAAACAGCCGCUAAGUAUGAGGAGAUUCGGACAAUUGCGUCAAAGAACUGGUUGAACUCCGCUAGUGUGUCGCUAAGCAAGCUGGACCAAGUUAAGGCAAAGGUAUAUAAUGUUGGCUUGGAAAUCAAAGCAGUUGCAUCAGGGAAAGGGAAUGUCAGCCAGGGAACUAGUGCCAGUGGGAGUCGAACCACGAUACAGCUUGAUGCGGACCCUCCACUUACGAAUGUCAUGUCUCAGAGAACAGCCUGGGGGAGCAAUACGUCCAUCCCUGACCUGAUCCGCCAGCAGAGUGAGCGCCAGCGCCCGGAGAGUGCGAGUGUCAGCCGACGGGUGAGGCCUCCUAGUGGCAGGAGAGCAAGACCACAGAGUGCUAAGGAACCGGGGGUUAAAGGCACUGGGAAUGGGAAACCUUCAUUUGGAAUUGCAGUAAAAGGUGCCAAAUUUGACCCAGCGUCUCGUCCUCCAAAAUCCACACCUCAUCAGAAUGUCACAACCGGUUGGGUUGGUCCACCUGCAGGGAUCAUUUUCGAUCCCAAUGUCCAGGAGGACAACAGCGUACAGAAAUAUGUCAAACGAAACGGUCGACAAGUUGCUAAACUGUCCAUGGCGUAUGCCGGUGACCUGACUGAGCCGUAUCAACCUCCAGCCCCGACUGGUUCUCCUGAUAUGAUCGACAUGAUCCGAGCUGCUCAAGGGGGUGGCGAUGGAGAUUUCCUCUCCGAUGACAGCUUCUUUUCUGGGGAUGAAAAGCCGGUCAAAAUGCGUCCCAAAUCGGGCGGGAAACCUCCCAGGCCCACCUCCGGUAAGAAAAGAGGGAAACAGAAGAAGGAAAAGCUACUGAGACGACCGACACCGGAGCCAAUUCACUUCUCGCUACCAACAGCCGACAUGGACGAGAGCGCUGACCUCGAUACAGACAGAUUAAUUGGCAGUACUGAUGCAGGCAAUGCAAGUCCACUUCCAUUCCAGUCCAAACCGGGGUUCUCGUACAUUCACGCGGACAUAAGCGGCCACCUCUUACAAGAUGGCCGCCUAUUGUCGGAGAAAGUGACGCCAACAUCCGAGGUGGUGAGGAAUGGCGAGAUUCAUGCUGAUGUCGAGGACGAUGAUUUCAUAUUGAACAUGAUCGACGAUGAUGACGAUGGCGCUGAUACGGAUGACGCUGGAAUCCGUCUCGAGGUGGAAUCUCCAAAACACAACGUCCAGUUCGACGAAGCGAACAAUAUCACCGUCAGCAUCACUCCGCGGAAUAGAGGGCGCCCUGCAUCAGCAUCAACGGCGAAAUCGUCCAAAAAUUACUCCGGUCGGUCGGAUUUGCGGUACGUCAAGAGUCGUGUUGAUAGUGGUGUGUCACUCUCAAGUGUUGCGUCUGCUUCAGUGAAGCCACCUGGAUCAGGGUUUGAGCCAACCGGGAAAUCGGAUUCUCGGCCGGGAUCGACUACGGGGAGGGUACGAUCUUUGGUCAGUCGGCAGAGGUCGACUGGGAAGAUCAAGAUCCCAACUGUUGCGGUGGCGUAUUCAGAUGACGCGGCCAGCGAGGGGCAGAGGAAGACGGUGCCUACCGCUACGGUUGAGGUGGGGUACUCAGAGGUGGGACAGAAAAAAAAGGAGGAGUCGGAGUCGAUGAAGAGGGCUCGUGAGGGUCUCAUAACCAUGGUCUCGCAGAUCACCGAGAAGGAGUCUGGAGGGCGCUGGGUGGAGGAUCCGGGAACGUCGCCAAGGAAAUACGUGUCGGAAAAGGAACGGAAUUAUUACACGGACGCUUUCGGUGAAAAGGUGGAGAAGAAAGUCACAACCAAAACGUUAACGUUGACGGGGAAUGAUGUUUCGGAGACGAAAUUGAUACGCACUAUUGACGUACAGGAGAACAGGCGACGGGAGUAUCAGGUCCCGGAGGAAAAUAAGCCGCCAAAACGGACCUCUGUCUCACAGGAUCACUCGCGACCAACCAGUGCCCAUAAACCGUCCACAUCAUCAGAAAAUGCAGCCAAUCACAUUCCUCAUAGCCAUAAUGAUAUCGGAGCUGGCGAGAAAACGACAUUGACUACUAGCUCCACCUAUAGGGUGAAGCCUCGCCCAAUCUCUUCACAAGCUGUGAAAACAAAUCGGGAGGAAUCCAAAGAAGAUACCGGUAACCGCCCCAAGUCCGCCAGCGCUGCCAGUUUCACAACAGUCAAGGACCAGCCUGCUUCAAGUGUGACUUCAGCAUUCGUUAGUAAACCUAACUCAAGGCCUGAAUCUACGAAUACUGGUGCUGUUAAAGAUUCGAUCAAAGUGAGUGAUGCCUUCAAAGCUAUCAGAGAAUCUGGUGUCCCGAGGACUUUUAACAAUGAUCACGUCUAUGCUUCCUACACGAGAGCCAAGUCUGCUCCAGUCAAGAGUAAGAGGAAACCAGCAGUGGAAGUCGAGCCUGUUUACAUCUUCACGCGAAAAAAUGAAAUGGAUUGGGACACCCCUGAUGUCCAGGAGUGCAAGGAUGUCCACAAUCGCUUGAAGGCAAACGGAGUCAAUGUGGCAGUGGAUACCCUUAAAAGGGCGCUGUUACCUCCGAUGGACAAUAGCUGUUACAUCACGCCAUGUGACAAGCCCCCUCUGCCCAAUGCCUCAUCUGGGUUAUUGAGCAGUCCUGAAGUCUGGCUAGCAGCAGAGUUCCGAAGGCUCAAGCUGGCAAACAAGGCAGUCGAGCGGGCAAACGAGCGGCUGUUCAUGCAGAAACAAGCCGAGCAGAAGAGAGCGAUGGCCGCCAUGAAAGAUCUGAAAGAGAGGCCGACGUCUGCUCCAACUACGAAGAAGAAGAAGAAACCUGGGAAGGGAAAGAAGAAACCUAAACGAGUUCAGAGUGCGGGGCUUUGAACAUGUGAUGAAGUCCAGAUGCAUUUUGAACUUUGAACCUGUGAUGGGUUUUGUUCUUGUUGUUAAGCUUUUGCACGUGAUGGACCUUUUACACAUUAUGUGUAAUGAACCUUGUACACGUGAUGAACCUCAUAAACGUGAUGAACCUCUACGCCUUACAAAGUCUACUCCUGAUGAACUUUGCAUGUGUAAAGAACUUUGUACACGUGAUGAAUCUCUACAGUUGAUGAACCUCAUAAACGUGAUGAACCUCUCCUCCUUAUAAAAGUCUACUCCUGAUGAACUUUGCACGUGUAAAGAACCUUGUACACGUGAUGAAUCUCUACAGAAAUGAACACUUUACACAUUAUGAACCUCUACACCUUUGAUGAACUUUGAGCAUGUAAUGAACUUUUACAUGUGCUGAAUCAUGGACAACAGAUGAACUUCAAACAUGUAUUCGAUCAUGAGCACAUGUUGAACUUGGAAAUGAUCCGCUGCUGAAGGAACUUUGAAUGCGUAAUUACCAGUGAUGAUUGAACCCUUGUUGAACUUUGAACUUUUUUGGUGGCGAUCAUGAACAACUUAUGAACGUGGAAUUUUUGAUGAGCAUGAACUUGCAAUGACUUUGAAUACGUGAUCAACUAACGUAUGGAAGUGUAAGUUGGUAUGGAUAUAGAAUGGAGCCAAGAUAACACGGAAAAAUGCUGAAGAAGUGUACCGGGGAGGUAACUGCUACGCAAGUAUCAGCAUGCAUGCUAUUUUUAGCACGUGUUGGAGUCGGCCAUCUUCUUUCUCGUGAGGAACUGGUCUGACAAGGAAUUACAUUAUAACCCUUAUGUUAUCAUGUUUUGAACUGGGAUUUUUUGCACCACUCUUGACAGUGUGAUUGUCAUGAAGUUGGUGUCUGAUGAGUGCAAGUGAGAGUAAAUCUAAAUCUUGCAUGUGUUAAGUGAAAAGAUAUUUAGUCGUCAAGCUAAUCACAUGCACAUACUGCUUUUCAGAAUCUCCUAAGAGAUUUAAUUUUUACACAUCGGAGAAAAUUACCGCGCCUAAUACUUUUGACCACUUUUGUGUGUUAUCUUCCGGUCUUGGAAUUGGAGUUCGCAUCAGAGCUUGCCGUGCCAUGUCGUCAAAGAGAUUGUUGUGAAACUACUCAUACUGUACAGAUGAGUGCAGGUUCCUUCCAAAUCUCCUCUCAGCCACACUUGGCCUUGUUAUUGAGUGGUUUUCAUUCUCGAAUGGUUCCCGACCAUGAAGUUGAAAAUGGAGAUAAUCUUGGGUCUCUGAUAGAUCAUCUGUUCCCUCUUCAAAUUCUUUUGUCGCAUUAAGCCCCUCUUCAAAGGGUUUAAUACUAUCCGUAAAGGACUUUUGGUAGUUAUGAAUUUGAGAUUUCGUUAAUGACGUCUUCCUUGAUGGUAGUGGAUUUGUGGCCUUUAUAGGCCCCGGCAUGGUGUGUAGUUGACCCCGCUGCCUGUCCAAUGGCUGGAACCAUCCCGGGGAAUCUCAGCGACACUCGUCUCGGUGUGACUCGAGCAGACGACGAUCAUAUUUCAGUACUUACUUCCAAUACUUACAACAAUAAGCUCCAAUUGACCGCAUUUCAAAGUCUACAGUGUAAAUAUAGUGUGAUAGUUUUGGCUUGGCCUGCCUCAAAAAUGGCCAAAAUAUAUCCAGCUUUUAGAGAUCUUCUACUCGAUACGUCCGUCCAUUGUUAACAGGGUUGAACGACAAUGUAUAUAUAGAUUUCAUAUUGGAGUGUUUUAAAAUACUGAUGUCCAUUUUUUGUAUUUUCAAUUUUUAGUUAAUUAUAUUUUAUGAAAUUGAA